AUGUCGGACACGGAGGCGACUCCGGACCAGCAGAAUGUGGUACAGCGUGUGGUGGCCUUGCCCCUGGUCAGGGCCACGUGCACCAUGGUGGCCGAUGCUUACGGGGCGGCCAAGGACAGGCACCCGCUGCUGGGCUCAGCCUGCCGCCUGGCGGAGCGCUGCGUGUGCGGACUGACCACGCGGGCACUGGACCACGCCCAGCCGCUGCUGGAGCACCUGCAGCCCCAGUUGGCCACGGUGAACCAUCUGGCCUGCAGGGGGCUGGACAAGCUGGAAGAGAAACUGCCCAUUCUACAGCAGCCCUCAGACACGGUGGUGACUUCGGCCAAGGAUGCGGUGGCCGAUGGCGUGACAGGUGUGGUGGACCUGGCGCGGCGUGGCCGGCGCUGGAGCGUGGAGCUGACGCGCUCUGUGAGCCAUGCCGUGGAUGUGGUGCUGGGCAAGUCCGAGGAGCUGGUGGACCAUUUUCUGCCGCUGUCCGAGGAGGAGUUGGCGGCCCUGGCAGCCGAGGCCGAGGGCCCGGAGGUGGGCUCGCUGGAGGAGCAGCGAAGACAAAGGGGCUACUUCGUGCGCCUGGGCUCGCUGUCGACGCGUCUCCGCCACCUGGCCUACGAGCACUCCCUGGGGAAGCUGCGACAGAGCAGGCACCACACCCAGGACACCCUGGCCCGGCUGCAGGAGGCGCUGGAGCUGGUGAGAUGCCAGUGCGAGGCGACCCCCGGCCCUCCAGCCUGCACCUCGGGGAAGGCGUACCAGCUGUGGGAGGCCUGCGGCCUGCACCCCGAGAAUGGCCGGAGGCGGAGCCAGGCCGAGCUGGAGACGCUGGCGCUGACCCGGAGCCUGACGCAGGAGCUGCAGGCCGCGGCCGAGGCGCUGGAGGCCGGCGUGCGCGGCCUGCCCGCCGGCGCCCAGGACAAGGUGGCCGAGGUGCGGCGCAGCGUGGACGCCCUGCGCGCCGCCCUCGCCGACGCCCGCUGCUUCGGGGACGUGCCGGCCGCCGCGCUGGCCGAGGGCCGGGGCCGCGUGGCGAGGGCGCACGCCUCCGUGGACGAGCUGCUGGAGCUGGUGCUGCAGGCCGUGCCGCUGCCCUGGCUCGUGGGGCCCUUCGCGCCCAUCCUGGUGGAGCGGCCCGAGCCCCUGCUGCCGGACCUGGAGGCCUGCGUGGACGAGGUGGUCGGGGGUCCCGACCCUCGCUGGGCGCACCUGGACUGGCCCGCCCAGCAGAGGGCCUGGGAGGAGGCCCGGCUGCAGGGGCAGGGGCAGGGGUCGGCGGGCCCCGGGGGGGACACGCCUGAGGAGGAGCCGGUGCCCCCCAGCACCCCGGCCAGGCCCACCCUCAUGCCCGAGCUGGACUUCUGA